UCGUGAAAGCACAUUGACGCAGAAAGUCGCCAGCAGGACGCUAAUAAGUCAGUCCUAUUAUUUGUUCUCCAGUUUGAAAUAUUUAGGUCGUAUAAAAUACAUCUUUGUUUCUUUAUUCAAGGAUAAAGUCGUUUCGAUGCGCUAGAAGCACUGUGCUGCUUCUCCUGCUAUCUUUGCUGGUUAGUUAGCUUAGCUCGCUAGUUAGCUUAGCUUGUUAGCUGCUAACAGAAGACACAGAAGUUAUCAACACAUCGCUAAAUAGAGAUCAAGGGUGAGAGUAAAGUGUUGUGAUUGUGUGAAAAUGUCUACAUUACAAAUGUUGAGAGCCUUGGUGGAUCAGCGACUAACUGCUGCCGUUGAAGAAAUAUUUGUAGUGUUUGAAAAAACGAUAGCAGGAUACGAGGCGGAACUUUCUAGAAUAAAAGAGGAGAACAAUCAACUACUGGACGCUGUUUUCAAGAAACAUCAAGUUGUGUUACACAGAUCAGACGUCCAGCAGGUGUCAGCAGAGAGUCAUGAAGAGAUUCCCUCCAAGCAGCAGGAGUGGAGCUCUAGUGUGGGACAGAAGGAGCUACAGGCCCACUCCCACAUUAAAGAGGAGCAGCUUCAUGAUGAAGAUAAAGCUCAGUCCUUACAGCUGCAUCACAGUCAAAGUGAGGAGAACAGAGGGGCGGAGCUUGUAAGUCAACCCAUCACAGACGCUGAUGGAGAGCAUUGUGAAGAUAUAAAGUCAGAACCAGACAGCAUCUUUGCUCCACUGUCAGACAUGGACCACAUGAUGUCAGACUCUUCUGAUCACAGUGACCACAUCCAAAAACCUUUGGAGAGUAAAAAUGACUCUAAAGGUGAUACGAGACAUCAUACUAACAACAAACAAUUUGACUGCUCUGAAUGUGGGAAAUCAUUUAUAUGGAAGAGUGAUUUUACAGUAGACAUGAGAAUACAUACUGGAGAAAAACCUUUUACUUGCUCUGUUUGUAAGAAGAGUUUCUCCAGAAAGCCUGACAUGACCAGACACAUGAAAACACAUACUGGAGAGAAACCUUUUGUUUGCUCUGUUUGUAAGAAAAGUUUCUCCAGAAAGCAACACAUGACCAUACACAUGAGAAUUCAUACUGGAGAGAAACCUUUUGCUUGCUCUGUUUGUAAGAAGAGUUUCUGCAGAAAGCCUGACAUGUUCACGCACAUGAGAACACACACUGGAGAGAAACGAUUUAGUUGCACUGUGUGUGAUAAGAUGUUUCGGUAUAAGUAUCAGGUCAGUAAACACAAGUGUGUAACAGUCAUGGAAGCUGCAGGGAUUUAAAAACACUUAAACAGUGAUUGUGCUAAAUGUACUUUAAAAACACAGCAUGUUUAAUAUGAAUGUAUAUUUGAUGUUGUAUGUAGUGCUUCUCAUCGUCUACUGUUUUAUGUUGUCCUGUAGUUACUUUUUAAGUUGUGUGCAUGUAUUGAAUAUUAUAUAUGGAGCUAUAUUUUUUUUUCCUUCUCAUCUUUGAAGACAGGAUAUCUUAUUAUUUUCAUUUGUUUUUGUGUCUUAUAAAAUAAAAUCAAUCAAUCAA